AUGGCUCCCCAACUUCUGCAGCAUAAUGACUACAACGUGGGCUGGAUCUGCGGUCUGUGGCAGGAGCAAACUGCCGCCAAAGCCAUGUUGGACUGCAUUCACGAGGAUCUGCCACAGCCUCGGAGCGACAAGAACACGUAUACCUUGGGAACUAUUGCGAAGUACAACGUUGUCAUAGCCUGCUUGCCUUGCGGAGAAGCUACCCACGAUGCAGCAGCAGCAGCUAGCUCAGCCUGGAUGGUAACCACCUUUCCAUCCAUCAGGUUUGGCUUAAUGGUUGGUAUUGGGGGAGGGAUUCCUCCCAAAGUUCGUCUGGGAGAUGUGGUGGUCAGUUUGCCCAUAGACCAGUUUCCCGGAGUGGUUCAAUGGGACGUGGGUACGGCCCAACAAGACGGCUUCGAGAGAACCGGAUCACUCAACAAUCCGCCUACUUUGCUACUCAGAGCUGUGUCGAAAUUAAGGACGGAUCACGAGCUGGAGGGCUCCAGGAUACCGGAGUUUCUUGAAGAAAUGCAGACAAAAUGGCCCGAGAUGGCGGCAGAAUACCUAGAACGUGAUUGCAACAAAGAUGUCUUGUUCAGAGCAGACUACGCCCAUGUUAGGUAUCAUGAUCAAGACAGCGAAGAAGAACAAGGCUGCCAAUCUUGCAAUCUGGGCAAAUCACUAUCCAGAGGGUCCAGGGAUAUGCGUAUUCAUUACGGUCUAAUCGCAUCGGGUAACGAGGUCAUCAAGAACACUCUGUUCAGAGAUAAAGUGAAUAGGAACCUCGGUGGCCAUGUUCUAUGUGUGGAAACGGAAGCGGCUGGACUGAUGAACAGCUUCCCAUGUGUGGUGAUUCGGGGAAUUUGCGACUACGCUGACUCCCAUAGAAACAACCUGUGGCAGAAGCAUGCCGCCGCUGUGGCCGCGGCAUUUGCAAAGGAACUUCUAGGAUAUGUCCAACCGUACGAGGUUGAUAGAGAGCCACCAGUGUGGGAGAUUGUGGGCCAAGCCCUAGAAACGUCAAAGACAACUGAGGAAAAAGUGACGACAGCACUAUCCAACCUGGAUAGACAGGAACACUUCCAAGCCCUCGAAUGGAUAACGACACUGAGUUUUGGUCCUCAACAAAACGACAACCUUCAGAAGCGCCAGGCGGGAACCGGGCAAUGGCUUCUUGACUCGGGCAAGUUUCAGCAGUGGAUCAAUGGAAGCAACCAGACCUUGUUUUGUCCAGGCAUUCCCGGGGCGGGUAAGACGACGCUUUCAGCCAUGGUUAUCGACCAUCUUGAAAAGUCUUUCCAGGGUGAUACUACAAUUGGAUUGGCUUACAUCUAUUUCAACUUUCGGUCCGACCAUAAAGCUGGAGACUUGAUCAAAAGUCUGCUGAAACAGUUGAGUCAACCGUUUUCAGCAUUGCCAGACGCCGUUAAGGGCCUAUACAAACGACACAGAGAUAAAGUACGGGGACCAUCUUACUCAGAAAUAUUAGAGACCCUUCAGUCGGUGGCAGCCAUGUAUUCAAAACUCUUUCUUGUGGUAGACGCCCUUGAUGAAUGCCCGACGUCCGAUUGUUGCCGAAACACGUUUAUUUCGGAAAUAUUGGCUCUUCAGGCCGCGACGGGGGCCAAUAUCUUUGCAACAUCACGGCAUGUCCCAGAAAUUGCGGAGAAGUUUAUGGGAGCCCUAUCGUUAGAGAUCCGAGCUAAUGAUGGGGAUGUACGGAAAUACGUAGAGGACCGCAUUUCGGACAUGAAGUUCCCGGUUGACAACGGCCUCAGCGAGACUAUCAAGACUGUCAUUGUAGAAGCAGUCGACGGCAGGUUUCUACUAGCGCAGCUCUAUGUUCGAUCCCUUGCGGAUACCAUUAAUCCAGCCCAAAUGGAAAGGACAUUAAACGAGUUUCGAGACCGCCACAAAAGAGCAGGUGAGGGGGAACAAGACAACGUAUUAUACGAGGCGUACAAUGAUGCCAUGAUUCGAAUCAACCAGCAGGAACCUGAUUGUGAAAAGCUUGCAAAAAGGACUAUAUCAUGGAUCAGCUGCGCAAAGAGGCCACUCAAGACCAAGGAGCUCCAGGUUGCCCUUGCCGUGAAAGCCGACGACACUCAGAUUAACCCAGAAAACUACACGCCGAUUGAGUCCAUGGUCAAUGUAUGCGGUGGACUGGUGACGGUGGAUGAAAAGAGCAAUAUAAUCCGCCUAGUUCACCAUACCACACAGGAGUACUUGGAGCAAAUUCUCGGCGAUUGGGUUCCUGAUGCACAAGAGGACAUUGCAACAACUUGCCUUAGAUAUCUUUCGUUCGAUGUCUUCCAUGAGGGUUUCUGUACGUCCGAAAGGUCACUGAGGUCUAAAUUAGACCUAAAUCCAUUUUACGACUACGCAGCACGAAACUGGGGCCAUCAUGCUCGUGUAGCUCCACAGGUGGACCACAAACAAGUCUUGAAAUUUUUAAGAAAUGAAGCCAAAGUGCGUGGUGCGCACCAGGCGAUGUAUCCUUCGGAUUAUUGGAUAUAUGAUGCCUAUUCGGAAGAAAACCAAGACGAUUCGAGAAAAGUGACGGGACUACACCUAGCCGCUGAUUUCGGGCUUGAAAAGAUGGCAAGGCUCCUGCUCGAAGAAAAACAAAACCCGCAUCUUUGGGAUAUAUUCGACAUGUCUCCAUUAUCUUAUGCCGUAAGAAGCGGGCAUAAAGCAGUAGUCAGUCUCCUACUUACCACAAAGGGUAGCUGCCCAAAUCUCUGGAUCACAGACCAGCAAACGGUACUAUCACGGAUUCUAGACCCUGGGGAAAUGGCAUCGGCCGAGAUGCCUUUUGUCAUGUCCGCUCGUUACCCAGAGGUAAGGGAUAGUCUCGUCCAACAAAGCAUACUGUCAUUGGCUGCCGAAUGCGGACACGAGGAAGUGGUUGAUGUCUUGGUCAAGACGAAAAACGUUAAAUUAAGCUCCAAGCUCUCCCCCAAUCCGCUAUGUUGUGCGGCAGGAAAAGGGCACGUGGCGGUAGUUAAGCGUCUGCUUGAUGCUGAGGGUAUCAAGCCAGAUGAGGGGGAUCAUCAAUCACGAAGAAGACCAUUAUCAUGUGCUGCGGAGCGGGGACACAGACAGGUUGUCGAGUUGCUACUCGCCACAGGAAAAGCAGACAUCAACUCGGGGGAUGGGCAUUCUGCAAGGCCACCGCUCUCAUGGGCAGCGGCAGCCAGCUCGACGAAGGACGUGAUAGAGUUGCUGCUGACACAGGACGACCUUAAACCACUCAAAUAUUUCAAACACACCGACAGCAGAGGCCGGACGCCGCUAUCGCACGCCGCGGAAAGUGGAAACGUCUCAGCAGUGAGGGCACUGCUAUCGAGUGGUCAUCUAGACGAGAAAGAUUGCCAUGGCAUGACACCACUAACACACGCAGUGAAGAAUGGCCAGUAUACAAUCGCAAAAUUACUACUGGAAGAACCUAGUAUUAAUCCAGAUUCGAGUGAUGAGCAUGACCGGACACCGCUGUCGUACGCAGCCCAAGGGGGACAAGAAAAAAUUGUAAACAUAUUACUGGCAAAGGCUGAAGUCGAUCCAGAUUUGAGUGACAAGUAUGGCCGGACGCCGCUGUCGCACGCAGCGGAAUUCGGGCACGAAAAAAUAAUAAACAUAAUACUGGAAAAGGAUGGCGUUGAUGCAGACUCAAGCGACAUUUAUGGUCAAACACCGCUGUCCCAUGCGGUCAUAGCUGGACAACACAAAGUAGUAACGAUGUUACUGGCAAGAAAUGACGUUAGUCCAAAUUCAAAACAUGACAAUGGCCAGACAGCACUAUCAAUCGCAGCGCAAUACGGAAACGGAAGAACAGUAAAGAUGUUGCUGUCAAGAAAUGACGUUGAUCCGGACUCAAGAGAUAAGCAUGGCCGGACGCCGCUAUCGCACGCGGCGCGAUGUGGACGAGAAGAAAUAGUAAUACGAUUACUAGCAAACGACGGAGUUGACCCCAACUCAAAAGACAAGAAUGGUCGAACGCCACUAUCAUGGGCAGCGGGAAAUGGCAUGGACACAGUGGUUCAACUGCUCCUAUCCACGAGCCGCGUCCACCCCGAUAUUCCAGAUUCUGAUGGUCGAACGCCGCUGACCUGGGCAGCCGAGGCGGGCCACGCCCACUCAUUCAAGCUUUUACUCGCCAAUAAAUCUGUUGACGCUUGCUCUCUGGAUACGAGCGGCCGCAGCUCUUUUUCGUGGGUUGCCAAAGGGCGAUACCAGAAGAUUGUCGACACACGGCUGAAUCGGCGGAAUAGUCAUCAGGUUUGCUUGAGAGCACGGGGCGAAGAAAUGGUAGAAGAACUACUCGCAAAGCAUCAUGCCAAAUCCAAUCUUUGGGCCACGCGCAGCAAGAAGCCAUGCGAGGACUGGGAAGCAAAUUGGUAUGAGCUGGUGCUGAGGCUACUCCUCACCGAGGAGGGCGCUUUCUGCUGCCAGGAAAGAGACUCCAUGUCGGAUCAGACGCGGCAUGCCAUCGUGGGGCAGGAUUGGCGUCAGACAAUAACGGCGAUCUAUCUCCAGAGGGGUGCCGUUCAUCCCAACUUUUCAGACCGUGGUCGCCGCACACUGUUGUGGUGGGCGGCGCACGAAGGAUUCGAGGCUGUGGUACAGCUUUUGGUCGCCAAAGGCAAUAUUGAUCCAAAUGCCUCGGACACGAUUGGGCAGACACCGCUACACUGUGCCUCGGAAAGGGGGCAUGAGGGAGUUGUAAAACUGCUGCUUGCAAACCACAAGGUGGAUGUGAAUUCCGAGGACGUGGAGGGUCAAACACCGCUGUAUCGUGCAGCUGAAAAUGGACAUGGAACGGUGGUAAAACUACUUCUCGGUCACAAAGACAUACAACCUAACCGGACGACUGAUGAAUUCGAAAGCGCACCUCUCGUUGCAGCAGCUAAUGGACAUGAGGAGAUUGUACGGCUUUUGCUCGACAACAGCAAUGCAAAUAUCAAGACUGAGAGAUUGGACGGCUCCACUCCAUUAUCGGUCGCAGCAGAUCAUGGGCAUCAAGAGAUUGUUAAGCUCCUCCUUGAAAAGAAUGGGGUGGCAUGUGGCUCGGAGGAUUACGCGAAGCCGCUCAUCGGUGCAGCACGCGGCGGACACGCACAAGUCGUCAGGCUUCUUCUGGACAAAGUCGGAGAGACACCUGACGCUGAGCAGAUCAACAUGGCAGAUUUACUAUGGGAGUCGGCGUAUAAAGGACACACGGCCGUCGUGGAGCUUCUCCUCGACAAAGACGGCGUUGAACUCGACGCUCAGAACCGUAAAGGUGAAACUGCUUUACAUGCUGCAGCGCUGAAUGGGCACCCUGGAGUGGUAAAGCUCCUACUCGCCAGAGACGGGUUGAGAAUUCACCUCAAGGACAAGGAGGGUCGGACGCCGCUGACAUGCGCGAUUGCUAAACGUCAUAGAGAGGUGGUCGAGUUGCUGUGGACUGCCGAGUGCCAAACUGGAAUCUACUCUGAAGAAGCAGCACUUGACGAAAUGCUCACCAGGAUUUGGCGAAAAGUGGCGUUAACAAGCGGAGGAGUCCAGGGGCCAAUCUGGUAUUGCAGGGAGUGCAGCUAG